CGGGGAUUUCAACGUACAAACAGCUAAAAGUUUUUCUGAACAGAGAAGUGAGCCAUUCGAGCGUUGAAAAGAAAAGGCUGAAAAGGACACGAAAUAGGUUACUACUUGUGUUCUUAUUGAACAUAGUGGUACAAUAUACAUGUGAUUUUACUAUUUUGUGGAUUUUAUAUAUUUUAGUCGAGUAGAACUCGUUGAAUUCAGUUGUUAAUUUCAAAAAAUGUCGUUUGGAUUCGGAGGCAAUAUGGCGCAAACUGGUUUGUCUAUACACAAUGAUAACCUCGAAAAUGCAGAACAUAGGCGAGGAAAACGAGAAGAUAUGCCACCUGCAUCAAAAAGAGCAGCCUUGGGAACUAUUACAAAUGCAGUAACUGGAAGAAUUCAGCCUCAAAGACAUGCAAAAACAACGCACGCUGGAGGGUUUGGGCUGCGAACUGGUGUAGAAAAUGUACAGGCCAAACAGGCGGGAAAAUUUAUGAUCCCUCAACAAACUUUGAACACCCAGACAUUUCAAAUCCAUGUGGAUGAACAACCUCAACAAUCUUUUAUACGUAAAGACAAUUCAAGUUCAGAUAAUAGGUUACAACUUACAUCUGCUAUCACUGGUUUGGGGAAGGAAUCACAAUAUGAAUCAGUCCCAAUUUGUCUGGAUGAAAGUUCAGAUUCUCCUAUGUGCCUUGAUACUUCAAUAGAAUACACACAGCCAAGACAUACUGCACAAAACAAAGAAGAUAGCCAAGAAAUCAUACUAAAUGUACCUGAAUAUUCAACAGAUAUCUACUCAUACCUCAGAGAUUUAGAGUUAAAACACCGGCCAAAGCCAAACUAUAUGAAAAAACAACCAGAUAUCACUAACAGUAUGCGCACUAUAUUGGUCGACUGGCUGGUGGAGGUUUCCGAAGAGUACAAACUACAUAGAGAGACAUUGUUCCUAGCAGUCAACUAUAUCGACCGAUUUCUGUCUCAGAUGUCUGUCCUGAGGGGGAAACUCCAAUUGGUUGGUGCCGCAAGCAUGUUCCUUGCUGCGAAAUACGAAGAGAUCUACCCUCCAGAGGUUGGAGAGUUUGUCUACAUCACCGACGACACCUACACCAAGAAACAAGUCCUGCGUAUGGAGCAUCUCAUCUUGAAAGUACUUUCCUUCGAUGUUGCCGUCCCAACCGUGAAUAUCUUUAUUGAGAGAUUUGUCAAAGAAAUGAACUGUGAUGAUAAAGUUGCAGCCCUAGCAAUGAUGUUGGCUGAGUUGACUUUGGUUGAAGGGGAGACUUAUCUAGUUUAUCCUCAAAGUGUAAUAGCAGCAAGUUGCGUACUCCUCGCCAAUAAACAUUUAAUACCUGACACAAAUCCAAUGAGCCAAGUGUACCAAGUGACUGGGUACAAAAUGCCAGAGCUCUCUGCCUGUUUGAAUGACCUGUGCAAGACAUACUCACAGUGCAUCAGUCAUCCUCAACAAGCAGUCGUGGAGAAAUACAAAUCUAAUAAGUAUCAUGCAGUGUCAACUAUACCACCCUGCUCUGUUUGAAUGAACGCUCAUCGCAUCAUCAUCAACUCAUUUGUUACACAUGACUGCCAUUCUCAUACAGAGAUACCAUCACAACGAACUACAUCAACAUAAACAAUGCAACAACCAUCA